GGCGCCUGGCGUUCGCUGGAGGGGCUGCCUCGCUUGGUGUCACCCCGCGCUGCGCCGCCGGCUCAGCCAGACGCGCGCUCCGAGGGCGCACGGGCCGGGCGCACGGACUGUACGGGCGUUUUGGGUCGGCGGGGCCGCUUUGGGGUGGCGCCUCGCGGCUUCCUCGUGUCUCUCGGGCUGGGCUGGAGCCCGGCGGCGAAGGGGAAGCCGGGCAGCUGGCUGGGCGAUGGCCCCGGAGCCGGGGGAAAACGCUGCCCGGCUGCUGCUGCUGCUGCCGCCGCUGCUGCUCCUGCUUCUCCUGCGGGCGCAAGGCGCGCGCGGCUUCGACGAGGAGGAGCGCCGCUGCGAUGCCAUCCGCAUCCCCAUGUGCCAGAACCUGGGCUACAACGUCACCAAGAUGCCCAACUUGGCCGGCAACGACUGGCAGCCCGACGCCGAGCUGCAGCUCACCACCUUCACGCCGCUCAUCCAGUACGGCUGCUCCAGCCAGCUCAAGGUGGGUCCGACGUAUGGGCUCUUUCCCUCGCUCGCCAAACGCCCAGGGAUUUAUCCGGCCCUCGAGGCUGGUAAAGGCUGCCGCUUACUUUGGGCUGCGCGCCGGCGGAGCUCCCCACGGACGCUUCUCCUUGGGGAGUCGUCAGCCUUGAGCUGCGCCCAGUUGCCUCCCGAAGGUUGCGAUCCUGAGCCCACUUUACGUAGGAGGAGUAAUCCCGUUCGGACCGCACCGGGCUUUAACGUCGGGGAAAACGCGCGCAAAAGAGAACGCCGCUCAGCCACUUCUGGGUUUUUCAAAAGACUGGUGUUUUUUAGCGCCAGCAAUGAGCCAGAAGUGGACGCUGCGGCUGGAGUGAAUGCAUGAGAGGGUCUCGGGGCGUGUGCAGAGUGCAUUUCCCUUACCGCUGUGGGAAGGUGGUGAUUCGUCCUCUGAGGGUGGGAGCGCACUUCACAAGCCUAGACGUGGGGGGCUACGUGCUCGGGAGCGGAAUGCUUUCUGUUCAUGCUUAAGGUUACUGUUCUCUUAUUGCUGCACACAAAAAGGAACUUUAGCCAAGGAUGUUGAAGGUGGGUGGUGGGGCUCCGCCUCAGACCCAAUUCUUCUGCCAUACCUGGCGUGUUAUUCACUGCUAGGAUGAGGAAAUGGUGAGUGUUCCCCACCCUUUCGAAACACACUCAUGGCAGCAAUGGAGAGCCUAAUCCAUUCCUGGGUGUUUCCAGACAGAAGGCUUUGGGGGGAUCAGGUGUGGCUGAUUCAGCUGGGAGUCUGAAGCUGGCCAACUCUCAAACAGGGCGGUGCGUUGUGCGUGCCAUGCCCACCCUUCAUAGUUCAAACCUCAGACGGGGGGCUUAUUGGAUCCGAGUCCAAAAGGCUGGAGAUCAGAGUUGCCUUUCUGCUUGAGUGUAAAGCCCUUUCGCUGUUCGACGCUACUUUUUGCUCCCUGUGCCACCUGCCUCUUUGUGUUUUGAUUUCCAUCUCCUCCUUUGUCUCUUCCCCAUUUUGCCGUGAUGACCUGAUAACGAACCUCUGGUGUCAGUAGCCCUAAACGCUCUGGGAUCCCCGGUUCUUGGAAACCCAAUAAUCCAGCCUGCUGCCCCUUUCAGGUGUUCCCUCCCUCGGCCCGGCAGUUUGGUGCAGAAAAGCUGUUGAGCCCUCCAGCGGCAGGCACCAACUUUAAUCCAGCUCUGCCUCCGCAUGCCUGGAGCUUUUGCUGGGCAGAUGUUGCUAAGCCGGGCAAAGCCACCCCUGCAAGAAGAACUCCCCCAGGAAUCCUGUUUGCCCUGUGUACCUGACCCCUUGAAACUCAGAUACAUACACCCCCAAUUGCACAAGGACGGACACGCUAGACUUCUGCACAGCCCCAGGGAAACGUGUCUCCUUCUCCUUGAGCUGCUUUGUGGAACUUUGCACCAGAUAUAGACCAUCUCCCUCCUUUGUAGAGCUGACCUGAGCCACACAGACACACCCUCUGAUUGCAGGAGAGUCUUUAGAAAGCGAUGCUUCCGCAGGGGGCUUCCCAGAAUCUUGCAUUUGCUGGGGAGCCGCAGCAGGUCUGCGGUAGACCUUCAGUUCUUUUCAGUGAAUUGCCACGGCUCACAAUCAGUCCAACGCCCGCUUUGCUAUGCUUUGGCACAACCUGGCGCAAAGAGCCCAGAGGGCAGAUAGUAGCUGACAUUUAGAAGAGAGGAAAAACACACACACAAAAACAACCUUUGCCAAGUAUCUCAAAGCAGCAGGUGCAAUUGGAUAUUUACCCCCACUGGUGGGUGGGUGGAAGAGGGAGGGAGAGAGAAGAGUUCAAAUUAGGAACGCCACACAUUGAGACAUCUUCACAGCUUUCUGAAGAUGGGUUGCAAAUUCUUGCCAUCCAAGGUGAGGAGGGUGGCAGGUGCAUUUAAGCCAACCAGGAUUCAGCCCUGCCCCCGUCAUUUGCAGUUUUGUUUUGGUAAUUCUCUGUUCAGUUGCAGUGAGGAAGGUUGUUUGCUCCUUUAUUUUCCAACUUGCCCGUGGGCAGUUAAUAUCUAACUUGCAACUCUGGAGUGCAAAGCCACAGUUCCAGAAAUCCCUGUGCAUUUCCUGCUUUUCCUCCAUGGAGUCCAAGGCUGCAUAUGUAGUAGUUCUCUCCCAGCUCCCACCAAAUUUUACAACAACCCUGCGAGGUUGGUUAGGCUGACCCAGGGGCAUCUAGUGAGCUUCAUAACAGCAGCAGGGAUUUUGGACCUGCUUCUUCCUGGAACUACGAUAGUCUGAGACGAAAUGUCAAAGCUGCUUAUGCCAUUUCCCUUCUAUUGUACGCAGAGCAGCUUGCAACGUAAGAAUAAAAACAAUCAAACAAGUGAGUUAUAAAAUAUGCAACUAAACCACACUCUUCUGGGCCUGGAAGGAAACAGGAAGGCUUAUGCAGACAUGCGAGAAGGAACUUUUGGUGCAAACAUUUCCACUGGGUGUGAAUCUGCAGAUAAGAAACCCACUUACAAUAACAUCUAAAUCCAGGAGGGGCUGCCAGGGUGAAACAGAAUAUUCAAAAGAUCUCUCCAGUUCUCUUUCGCUUCCCGCGUUCUCCCCCCUCCCUCUCUUGAGGUUAAUUUACCCGUGAAGUCGGAAAGCAGUUGGCUUAAGAAACGAUGGAGCUGAAAUGGUCCCCCCCCCUUCUGAUUGGCAGGUUAUCCCUGCCUGAAUGUAUGUACCCUCUGGCAGCUCAGGAAUUUGGACUGCGGCUCACACAGGAGAGAGUGCACUCUGAAUUGGAGUUAAUAAACAAAACGAGGAGCAGCUAUGCCUGGAGUAUUCCAGCUAUUUUCACACCACUGGAGAGAGAAUCUUUGAGUUGACUUCUAAAUGGAAUGUACUAAAGAAAUGGGCAACUGUGCAGCUUCCAAGCGCAUGCGAUGGCAAAUGAAAUGCUCGUUUUUUUCAUGCAGUUAAAACAGCCUUGCAAAUAAGCUCAGACAAGUUACUAGCCCACAGAUAUUUUUAUUAGCCCACAUUAGUAACUGCGGCCUAAGAUUAUUGUGAUGUUUUAAAGCAUUCCUGCCUGGUCAUAGGAUCAUAGAAUCUUAGCGUUGGAAAGGGACCCCAGGGGUCAUCUAGUCCAACCCCCCGCAAUGCAGGAAUUUCAGCUAAAGCAUCCUUGACAGAUAGCCAUCUCAGAUGGUCAUUGAGAGGGAUUCUGUACUUACUGCUGGCAGCUAAAGUGGUUGUUUACAAGCUUAAUUUUCCUUCCUUCUUUAAAACUGUUUCUUAAUGGGAAGCCUGGUAUUCUCUUGCAUGUUUGGGAAAUAAAGCUCUUUCAGAGUUUAAAGAGACAGGUUUAAUUUAAAGAGCAUAGGUCUUGGACAUGUCACUGAGCCCUUGUCUGAAAAAUGGGAGUAAUGAGACUAUAAAGCACUUUGCUAGACUUAUUCCCAGCACUACCAAAACUUUCAGAACCCUAAAAAAGGGAGAAAAUCUGUCGAAACUUGGAAGUUAUCCUGCCCAUGCUCACUUCAUAAAUGCAGAGUUUUAAAAUCUGUAUCUGAGGGCAGAACUCAAAACUUGGGUUCUUACACUUGCAUUAAAUAAUCCCCGGAAGCAAUAAUAGUGUGGCUUAGAAUCAUGAAUUGUACAAUUGGAAAGGGACACCAGGGGUCAUCUAGUCCAACCCUCUACAAGGCAAGAAUAUUCUGUUUGAUUCUGUUGCAUGGGUCAGGCAUGAUAGCCAAGUCUUUAUAGAAUUGAAGGAGGAGAUGCUCUGGAUGGAAUUGUAGUCUGGGAGGGGGGAGAUAUAUCAUUGCCCUUUCCCAUGAAAUUUACCCUCUGUAGCAUAUUUUCUAGUUUGAGUUUAUACAGUGGUGCGUCGGUUUCAGAACAGCGCUGUUUAUGAACAAUUCGGUUUACGAACGCCACAAAAUUGGAAGUAGUGUCCCGGUUUGAGGACUUUUACCUCAGUCUGAGAAUGGAAUCUGAAUGGUGGAAAGGCACUGGCGGUGGGAAGCCUCACUAGGGAAAGCGUGCCUCGGUUUAAGAACCAUUUUGGUUUAAGAACGGACUUCCGGAACAGGUUAAGUUCGUAAACUGAGGUACCACUGUACAGUGGUACCUCGAGUUAAGAACUUAAUUCAUUCUGGAGGUCUCUUCUUAACCUGAAACUGUUCUUAACCUGAGGUACCAUUUUAGCUAAUGGGGCGUCCUGCUGCUGCCGUGCGGCCGCCGCACAAUUUCUGUUCUCAUCCAGAGGUAAAGUUCUUAACCUGAGGUACUAUUUCUGGGUUAGUGGAGUCUGUAACCUGAAGUGUCUGUAACCUGAAGUGUCUGUAACCCGAGGUACCACUGUACUCCUUAAAAAUUCUUGUGUUCUGGACCAAACUAAAUGUGCCUUGUCACACAAUUUGGUGUUGCAGAGCUUUUCGUUUCGUUGUUUAGCAGCAGUAUAGCCCAGUCAGGACUGUCGUGUGGUGGGGGUCUACAGUCUUAACCAGACUCCCCUCCCUGAUCCUGCAAUCUGCCAUGGAAGGAGGAAAGGGACCAUCACAAAUAGUCGGAAGGCCGGGUGAGUCCUGACUGGGACAGUGGCAAAGGGAUUGAAACUCUCCCUUCCUGCAGGCCCAGCCUGGGACAUCCCCCCCUGGAGCCACCUAUUUCUUAAACAAGCGACUAUGCAGCAUCAAACCACAUGAUAAAAGUUAGGGUUUGCCUUAUUUUAAUAAGUGAAAAUCCUGACACAAAAUAAAAUUGCCUAUUUUUAAGGGAAAUCGGGGGGAAAUGACAUUGCUGGCAUGGCUUGCCAUACGUCCGGAUUUUCCUGGAUGCUCCUGCCAAUUUCCACCUGGACACUGCUUAUCACCACAGCAUUCCAGAUAUGUCUGGGAAAUUCUGGACGUAUGGCAAUCCUAUAAAAGUCCCAUCUGGUUUGGCCCAUGGCCUUCAAGAAUGAAUGAUGUGCUUUUUCUGUAUGCAUUUUGUGAAAUAUAGCUCUGUGCUGAUCCUUGGUGUGACCUUGGCCAAAUCUUAAAGUGUGAGCAAAAUGCAGACUGAAGCUUUUGCAACUGAACACUUUCAGGUUUAUGUUCUGUAUUAAAAAGCGAUUCCCAAGUUUAUUUUCCCUCAGUGGUUUGGGGUGGGGAGAGCGUGCUGGUGCCUACCUACAGCCUCCUAAAAGUUGUCUUGUCCUUUCUUUCCUCCCCCCUCUCUCUUUCUUCCAGUUCUUCCUUUGCUCCGUCUAUGUCCCCUUGUGCACGGAGAAGAUCGACACCCCGAUCGGCCCCUGCAGCGGCAUGUGCCUCUCCGUCAAGAGGCGCUGUGAGCCGGUCCUGAAGGAAUUCGGCUUCUCCUGGCCGGAAACCCUGAACUGCAGCAAGUUCCCGCCGCAAAAUGGCGACAACCACAUGUGCAUGGAGGGCCCGGGGGACGAAGAGGUGCCUCUUCACAGCAAGUCGCCCUUGAACCCUGGAGAGGAAUGCCACUCAGUGGGAUCCAACCCGGACCAAUACAUCUGGGUCAAGAGGAGCCUGAACUGCGCCCUUAAGUGUGGUUACGACGCCGGCCUCUACAGCCGCUCGGCCAAGGAGUUUACAGACAUCUGGAUGGCUGUGUGGGCUAGCCUGUGCUUCAUUUCCACAGCCUUCACGGUCCUGACCUUUCUGGUUGAUUCCUAUCGGUUUUCCUACCCCGAACGCCCCAUCAUCUUCCUGAGCAUGUGCUACAAUAUUUAUAGCAUCGCCUAUAUCGUCCGGCUGAUCGUGGGCCGGGAGAGGAUUUCCUGCGACUUUGAGGAGGCGGCAGAACCUGUCCUCGUCCAAGAAGGCCUCAAGAACACAGGAUGUGCUAUCAUUUUCCUGCUGAUGUACUUUUUCGGGAUGGCCAGCUCCAUCUGGUGGGUGAUCCUGACCCUGACCUGGUUCCUGGCCGCAGGGCUCAAGUGGGGCCACGAGGCCAUCGAAAUGCACAGCUCCUAUUUCCACAUCGCGGCCUGGGCCAUCCCCGCCGUCAAGACCAUCGUCAUCCUGAUCAUGAGGCUGGUGGACGUGGACGAGCUGACCGGGCUGUGCUACGUGGGGAACCAGAACCUGGACGCACUGACGGGUUUCGUGGUGGCUCCUCUUUUCACCUAUUUGGUGAUCGGGACCCUGUUCAUUGCGGCCGGCCUGGUGGCUCUGUUUAAAAUCAGGUCCAACCUUCAGAAGGACGGGACGAAAACCGACAAGCUGGAGAGGCUGAUGGUGAAAAUCGGGGUCUUUUCGGUGCUCUACACCGUCCCGGCCACCUGCGUCAUCGCCUGCUACUUCUACGAAAUCUCCAAUUGGACUAUCUUCCGCUACUCGGCGGACGACUCCAACAUGGCGGUGGAGAUGCUGAAGAUCUUCAUGUCCUUGCUGGUGGGCAUCACCUCCGGCAUGUGGAUUUGGUCUGCCAAAACGCUACACACCUGGCAGAAGUGCUCGAACCGGCUGGUGAACUCUGGCAGGGUGAAACGGGGGGAGAAGAGGGCCGACGGCUGGGUGAAGCCUGGGAAAGGGAACGAGACUGUUGUAUAAAGUGGACCAACGCACGGCGGGCAGACCUGCCGGGUGCGCUCUCUCUCCGCCUGUGGGAAGAGCCAGGUUCACGCGAGCAACUGCGGCAGGAACGUCGCAGUGGUUUGCGUGCCACGGAAAGAAGCUGUGCUUUUUGGGAGGUGGUGGGGAAAGGGCGCGCAGAGAAGGCCCGAAUAAACUGCAAGGACUUGUUUGUGUGUGUGUGCUGUGAACAGCAGGGCUUUGCUCCCGCAAAAAAACAGCAACAAAGGGAGCCUGCAGAGGCUUUCAGAAGCUGUGAAGACAAAAAAUGGGAACCGGUUGAAAUGCGGCCUCCUUGUGCCUUGAGGAGUCUUGGGACUUAGCACCUCCUAGUGACGCAUCAUGUGCCUUCUCUUUAUUCCUCCUCACCCUGCCCUGAGUUGUAUUUUUAGCUCCGUGUCUUGUGCAGGAAAGAAUUUAGAAAGGGGAUCUCUGCUGCUGUUGUUCUAGGGAACUCUUCUUCAGGGCUGCUGGCUUCCAGGGACUUGAGAUCCUGCUGCGCAAAGGUCUGCCGCCAUGGAGGGUUGGAAGGUGAACGUUCGUCUUCCAGCGCCUGCCCUGAUGUCUGCAUGCCACUAGGGCUGUCAGAUAAUCGGAAGCCAAGCACAGUCCCUAUAGUCUAUGCCAGCCUAGGACAACCUGGCGGCCUUCAGCUAUUGCUGGGCUACAUCAGCCCCUGCCCGCACCCCAUGCUGAUGGGAGUUGUAGUCCCAACAACCUCUGGAGUCCACAAGGUUGUCCGAGGUCAAUCCAAACCAUGAGUAGGCAGAAGGUAGCUUACUGGUAGAUUUCUGAGAUGUUUGCUGUUGGUCUGCAAGGACGCCUGACUCUUAGAUGUUCAACCAUAGCAGCAACACAGUGACCCUCUCUGAAUUAUACUGCUGAAAUGAAGGAAGCUUGGGGUAACCCAGGGGUGUGUGUGUCUGUGUGGAAGGCCUGUAAGAUCUAUCCAGUUCUGGGACUUGGAAGCACAUUUCUGGGCUCAGAUUUCUUUCGUUCUUUCCCAGUAUUAGGUGUUCUGCACAAGCUCCAGGUGCUGAACAUCAGGAUCUUAAGUUAAAAAGCAAAACCAAAGGAGAUCCUUGAAACUUGCUGCCCUGUGGUCUCAGCAGUGGCACUCUCCCGGCUGCGAAGGCGCUGCUGCUUACAAGAAAUAGACAGGAUAAGGGUGGUGAGUGAUGGGUUGGCAGCGUUGGGGUCCUGCUGGUGUAUGGGGGAUGUCGCCCUCCAGCCAUACAGCUGCCUGUCCCUGCCGCAGCGACAUCACAGCCAGGAGGGUGCCUCUGCCAUUUGCGCCCCCCCUUCCUAUGCCACUGCUGCCCGGUCCACAGCUAUAAAGCUACUGGCUUGCUAAAAUUCAGACAUGUCCACGACCCCCUUCUUCCUGUGCUAUAAGAAACCCCUGGCUUUACUUUGAGAAGCAUUCACAGACAGGCUGAACUGGUAGAGCUCUGUGGCUCAGGCUGCAAAGGCUCUGGGCUGCCUCCAGACAAGGGCCACACUCGCACCUGUGCUGCUAAUUUUCCCAGGAACUGAUCUACCAUGUUCAGAGUAAUUGUACGGAGCAGCCUUGGUUGGACUGUAACAUUUCUAGCUGCAGUUGUGAGACUAGCUGUCUAAAUACCCAUGAUCAUUUACGACACCCCCCAAAUCUUCUUGCAUGUAGAAAGCUAGCACCUCAGGGAGAGUGCUCGGCCCGAAUCUGUCACCUUGAUGGGCUAGUUUUCUUUCUUUCUUUAAAGGCCAGGAUUUAGAGAGCAUCCGACAUGCAACUCCCACCUGUUGUCUGAAGAGGUUACAACCUCGAUAGAGGGCGAGAGCGUGUGGUUGCUCUCAAUGCUCAGGUCAGCUUUUGAUAAGUCCAUUUGAUAAGAUCCAUUCAUGCAAGCUGUUGGGUUUAAUGGGAUUUGGAUGGCGCCGUCCUUUGGGAAAUUCACCGUGUCCUCUUGCACGGUUCUUGUUUCAGCGAGGCUUUGUGCAAGAGAGUUGCCUGCUUGGCUGUGCUUAUUGGGAGAGACAAAAAAGUUGGAAACUGAGAGCCUAACCUUAGCUUGCAGCUAGAUUCCCAUCUCUCUUCUCCCUCUCCUUUUCCCCGAAUCUCUUUCAGUCUUCCCCCAGCACUGAUACAUGACUCUGCUGUUCCCAGUGUCACACACUCUCCAGUCUCAAUAAGAAAAAGUGCUCCUUUAUUUUUAUAGUCGUCUUUCCGUCUAGAGCAUGUGGGUUAAUAAGGAAAAGUGAGUGGAGGGUCAUUUCUGACAAUUGGCUUAUUCAGAGACUGUUUUGUUUUGGUUUCUUUUUCUCUCCUCCCCUUGCCUCGCCAAACCCCACUCAUUCUCCCCCCCCCCCACCGGCCACCGCCGCCCCAGGCCCUCCAAGUAAACCUAUCAGUCCUUCCCCGGAGACCCAUUGCAUUAAGCAAUUAAGGCUUAAUAUAUUUCACUCUGUGUGAUUGCAUCUGUGUCGACGCCGGUCUGGGCAAACCGAAAUGUUAAGUUCCUUGGCAGCUUUGCCUGUGCACAGAUCAGUUGCAUAAUUUGUGUGUCAAUUACAAUUAAAAAGACAUUCUCCAGCCAUGAGACCAGGGGGUACAGCUGACUCACUCUGAACCAAAAUGAAAGCGCUGUUUGUGCGUGCGUGUCUUUAUCAGUCUGAGAAGAAUGUGAGUGCAUGCUUUUCUUUUCUUUUCUUGUCUUUAGCUAAAAGGGUAAGCUGCCCCCUCACCCCACCUGCCCUGUUACAUGACCCCAAGAGAAUAAACCUGGCUAUUGCUUAGUGAGUAAUGCCAUCUUAAAGCUAGGCAGCCAAGUUCAGUGAAGCAAUAUUUAGCUGGUGGGAGUUUGAUGACUGUAAACUUGACUUUAGCCUGUAGGCAGUUGGCAGAAGCUGCUCAGAUGUUUGUCAGAGAACAGAAUGUUAAUGGUUGCCCGAUUGCCUGGCGGGCAAUUGCGUUCACAGCACGGCUUGCCUUCCUUGUGUGGGCCUUGAAUUCAAGAGUUUUCUUCUUGCGUCCCUUCCCUGUGCAUGCACAGUCCUUUCUCCAAUGUGCAAAUGUUGAGCAUGGGUGGCGCAUACCAUGGAGAGCAGCCGGGAGGGGGAAGCUGCGGCCCCUCCAGAUAUUGCUGAAUCCCAACUCCCAUCGUUCCUGACCUUGGCCCUGUUGGCAGGGGAAGAUGGGAGUCGAGUCCCAACAACAAGCAGAGGGCCAUCGUUUCUUUGUAGGAGAAGGAGGUGCCACUGUAUAGGCACAUGUGCAAACCAAGUGCUAAAAUAAUAUCCCUCCCUCCCCGGCUGGUACUUUUGGGUUGGCACCGCAAGCACAGAGCUGGGAGCGUGGAGAGCUGCACAUGUCUCCUGCUGCUCUCCCUAGGCUCCUUUUAAAAAAAGAAAAGAAAAUCUUUCCGGUCCAGUUGGCUGGUGAUAGAAGGAGUUGCAGUAAUAUUUUCCCCUCUCCCUUUCCAAAGAGGGACACGGGUGGCGCUGUGGUCUAAACUACAGAGCCUAUGACUUGCCGAUCAGAAGGUAGGCGGUUCGAAUCCCCACGACGGGGUGAGCUCCCAUUGCUCGGUCCCUGCUCCUGCCAACCUAGCAGUUCAAAAGCACGUCAAAGUGCAAGUAGAUAAAUAGGUACCACUCCAGCGGGAAGGUAAACAGCAUUUCUGUGCAUUGCUCUGGUUUGCCAGAAGCGGCUUCGUCAUGCUGGCCACAUGACCAGGAAGCUGUACGCCGGCUCCCUCGGCCAGUAAAGCGAGAUGAGCGCCGCACCCAAGUCGCCCACAACUGGACCUAAUGGUCAGGGGUCCCUUUACUUUACCUUUCCAAAGAUCAUUCAAGUGCCUCUUUCAAGCUGCCUCGAUCAAUGCAUAUGACAGAUUGUUUCUGCUGGGUGCCUUUUAAAAAAAGCACCUGCUCAAACCUGUUGGCGCUCGAGAGUUCUGCUGUUGUUUCCUUUCUCCCUUUUCACCCACUUCAGUGGCUACGUCCGAGCUACUGCUCCAGAGGUUAUUUCAAGCCCACCCACCGGUUCCCAUGUUGCCAGUGAUAGCACAGUGUAGGGAAUUGGCCCGAUGCUCAAACGCUAGUUUCUCCCCAGGAUGAACAGUGAUUUUCUACCGCCACUGCUUUAGACACCGGCUGCAUUCACAAGGCAGUUUAUUCCUUUUCCACAACUUCCCUCUAACUCCUAAGCUCUGCAUUCUAUUUGAGCUUUUGCAAAACUUUAAAAGUCACUUCUGGAACUAUCGUGCAACAUUGUGUCUGUGAUAUUUGCUUCCAGAAAAAUAAACCUGUUUGCAAAUACAGUCAUACCUCGGGUUGAAUGCGCUUCGGGUUGAGCGCUUUCGAGUUGCACUCCGCAGCAACCCGGAAGUAAUGAAGGGUGUUACUUCCGGGUUUCGCCGCUUGCGCAUGUGCAGACGCUCAAAGUGACGUCACGUGCAUGCACAGAAUCAGCAAAAAGUGACGUGUGCGUGCGCAGAUGUACCGUCGCUAGUUAUGUUUGCUUCUAGAUAUGAACGGGGCUCCAGAAUGGAUCCCGUUCGUAUCCAGAGGUACCACUGUACAGUGGUACCUCGGUUUACAAACUUAACCCGUUCCGGAAGUCCAUUCUUAAACUGAAGACUAAACCGUUCUUAAAUUGAGGUGCACUUUCCCUAAUGAGGCCUCCUGCCACCGGUGCCCUUCCACCGUUCAGAUUCCGUUCUUAGACUGAGGUAAAGUUCACAAACCAGAACACUACUUCCGGUUUUCCGGAGUUCGUAAACCGAAUAGUUCGUAAACAGGGCCGUUCUUAAACCGAGGUACCACUGUAAUAUGGAUGCUUAGUGCACAACUUGCACCACUAUAUUCCAAGAAGUGGCUUGCUUUUGUGUCAUUUGACAGCUGAAAAAUAAUGUGGAAAUUUAAAGUUAGGGAAAUGUGAUGCUGGGCUAGGCCGCCGUAUGAAUGCAGCCAAAGUAGAGUUCCUCCGAAGCUCAGGGAACCUUGCCAUAAUAACACGGUGCAAACCCAUUUGCUCCUAACAUGCUUUCUCCAAACUGAGGGGUCCACAACCCCCAUCAGCUCCACCUAGCACAGGUUUCCAAAGCAUUUAGAAGACCCCUCAGUAAACUCGCAAGCAGAACCUGAGCACAACAGCGCUCUCCCCACUUGUGAGUCAGCUGAACUAACUCAGUCAGUAGAGCAGACUCUUAAUAUCAGCGUCAUGGGUUCAAACCCAACGUUGAGCAUUACAGGGGGUUGGAAUAGAUGACCCUAUGGGUCCCUCCCAGCACUACAAUUUAUGAUUCUCAAAAAUGUGUAUAAUGAAUAAAGAAUAUCCUGGCAAGUGACCAUCAAUGAUAAUUCCCACUUGCUAUUGGUCUGCCUUUUUAAAUAUUUAGGUUUCCUGUUUUAUAAUCUUAAUGCCAGUGAAUCCAGCCAGGUGAGGGGAAAUUGUACCUGAGAACUGGAGCAUAAAUACAUGGUCCCAGCUAUAGAGUCUCUGCCUGACAGCUGUGUUCCUCCAUUGUUUCUUCUUCCCCAUGUGCUAUUACUAGGCGAUCUCCCUCUCUGCUGUUGGCUUUGGGGGUCAUGUGGCCUGGGCCACCUUCAGCGCCACCAAAAACCAUUACAGUGGUACCUCGGGUUACUUAAUUCGUUCCUGAGGUCCAUUCUUAACCUGAAACUGUUCUCAACAUGAAGCACCACUUUAGCUAAUGGGGCCUCCUGCUUCUGCCGUGCCGCCGGAGCACGAUUUCUGUUCUCAUCCUGAAGCAAAGUUUUUAACCUGAAGCACUAUUUCUGGGUUAGCGGAGUCUGUAACCUGAAGCGUAUGUAACCUGAAGCGUAUGUAACCUGAAGCAUAUGUAACCCGAGGUACCACUGUACAUGGCAGGUGUGGGGGGUUUGAUGACCCUUCACACAAACAGUAUCAUGCCUAUAUCCCACAUCCCAACUGUUGUGUGUGGGCCCAGGAAGGAGAUAUCGCUGCCACGUAUUCGGUGCGCAGAUGUAGCUACUGCUUCCCGGGGGAUGGCCCUCUCUCAAUGUCUCCGUUCAUGGAAAUGCAGUUUGGUGUGAUCACAGGGGCUCUGCCCCAGAACCCCUUCCAAAUCUUGCAUCCUUAAUAAAUAAAUGAAUUCUAAGGACCCUGUGGCUGCAUCUCUUGCGAAUGUAGAAAUGGCCAUUUGUCUCUUGGACCCUGAUCUGUCCAUGACUUCAGAAUAAAGGAACCCUGAAUUGGCGAGAGAGGACUAUAGCAUUUCAGGCUGCAGGUGUGAGCCCACCAGUGCUGAAUGUCCUCUCCCCCCCUUUUGCUCCCUGCAGGUUUUUGUUUUUUUAAAGGCAUAUCAGAGGAUGAGUUGAGCACAGCUCAUUCCUUCCUGUUCUGGCUUUCUGUUGCUAGCUAGCUUCUGCAUAGAGGGAGGGGUCUAGGGUUCAAAUUUGCUCUCCCCAGGCCAAGACACCCUUUGCCAGACCUGCUUUUGCACCCUCCUCUCGUGUUUUCUCAUGGCUCGAAUGUGUUUUGGAUCAUUCUUCUCGGUUUCCUAGCUAGAGAGGGGCAUGCGAGCGCAAGGAAGCUUGCCCGCUGCACAAAAUCCACAUCUAUUGCUCUGUCCUCCUCCCACUCCUGGCAGGCGGCCCCCAGGAGGUUGUCCAGAAGGGAUUGUGGCCCUUGAGUGAAAAAAGGUUCCAUCUCUCGUGUCAUAAAAGGACAUUUAAAAAAACAACAACCGAACCCCUGCCUGUGCUCUGAAAUGGUACAACCGUUUUUUGCUCAUCUCAAAAUUCCUCACACCUCUUUUCUCUGCAGGUCUGGAGUAGAGCUGAAUGAUUAGACUUUUGGGUUGUGGCUUUCAUUUUUAUGUAUUCAUUCAUUAAUCCCCCCCCCCCAUUCAUUGCUAUUUGUUCUUCUAACAACAAAAAUACGAUGUUUCCAAGAUUUAAGCACCUUUACUUCCAAUCUUACUUUUCCCUUUAAUAAAGUUCUCUUCUGUUCUGGAGCAGUUUCUCCCUCCUUUUUGCCCUUUCCUUGCUCCCAUUAAAAGUAAUUGUCCUAAAACAACCAGGUUUCUUAAGCUCUUUGGCACACAGGUACAUGUUUUAUGUUACUCACCUUCAGGAUGAUAAUUGCUUAUCCCUGAAACUUUUUAAGGUAAAUGGACACUGAUAUAUAUUUUUUCUUGGUUGGUGAUUGUACAGAAGAGUUAACUACGUCUAUUGUAAAUUUCUAAUUUAUCAUUGUACAAAAGACCCCAAACUUUGCUAUUUAAUUUUUGUAUCAAAAUAAAAAGAAAAUGUUUUUAU